AUGAAUGAUGAAACUUUAGUUUCAAUCCUUUCUCGCUGCAACUCUCAAGAUAAUGAUAUUCGUGAAGCUGCAGAGUUAGAGAGGAAUGAACACCUCGAAACUGAUACUAAUACUUUUAUAAUUACACUUUUCAAUCUAAUUCUUGCUAAUUCUUAUCAAGAACUUAUGGAUUACUUUAUAAUAAACUUAUAUACUAUCUUCAAACGACGAAUCCAGCUAAUUGAUUUACAAUUUUUUCAAGAUUUUUUUCAAAUUUAUGAUUCAAAUUUUUCCAAAUUAAUUAAUAACAUCUGCAAUGGUGAUAAUCAAAGUCUCCGAACCCAAUGGUUCAUUGAUCUAUAUGCAUUACUGCUUUCAGAUGUUCAUAAGUUAUUUCCUGACUCAGAUUUCAAUGCAAACUCAGUAAUUGAAGGCUUACAGAAGAAUGUAUCGCCAAAAGUAUUAGUUCCUAUCAUUUCCAAAACGCUAGAUCUUUCACAAGACAUAUGGAAUUUUGAUCUUGGCUUUUUACUCCAAAUCAUAAACGAACACGUCUCUUUCAAUGCAGAAAUCAUCAAAUUAUACUUUUCUAUUAUAAGUAAGAUACCAGAAAACGAAGAAUUCAAAGAAAUAUUUCCUUCUAUUCUAAAUCUCAUGAAUAAUGAUAUAAAUGUCGGUCUUACGUCUAUACUGAACUUCUGUGAUAGUUCUUCACCAUUUAUUUCAUGUAUCAUCACUGAUUUGGCAAAUUUUAUUUUAGAUUUGCUUUUAAACCAAUCUGAUGAACAAAUAGGUAUUACAUGCUUAAUGAUAUUAGAAUCCAUGGCUACAAACAACGCAAAAUACGCAAUUUCGUCAAAAGAUUUUAUUUCAUUAAUUUUUGAUAACUUUGUUUCAUUUUUUAACAAUGCAAACUAUACAGAACUAGAUGAUAACUCAUCCACAAUAUAUUCACUUGCUUUAGAUACUUGUAAAACUGUUUUUGAAACAAUUAGUUCAAAUUCUUUGGAAAAAAUCGAUUCUUUGUUCGAUUUUGUAUCAGAAAAUAACGAUUAUUUAUUCGGAUCCCUCAUUACAAUGUCAAAUUUAAUGGUUUUUAAAUUUCCAAAAAUUAUUUUUUUAUUAAACCAAAUAAUCCAAUAUAUGGAGAAUGAUAACAUCAGAUUUGCUUUGUGCAUGCUAUUAUCUAAUGAACAAUCUCGUAUAGUCAAAAGUUCUUUGAGAUUUCAAAUUUUUCAAAAUUUUAUGGAAUUUUUUUCUGAAAACGAAGAAGAAAUAUUAAUUUAUUGGCUUCUUAAGACUGUUACGACUCUUCUCAUUGGCUGCUAUUGUCCGGAAAAUGAAGAAUUUUUAUUUAAUUAUAUCCCGAAAAUUUUAGAGGCUUUUGACUAUAAAAAUUGCCAGACGGAAAGAGUUAUAUCAUGUCUUGUUGCAUUUCUCAGUUUAAUUUAUCAGAAAUUGACGAAAUCAAAAGAAAUUGAAGAAAUUGUUGGAAAUUUUAACCAAUUGUUUGAAAGAUAUCAAGAUUAUGAGAUGAUAAGAGCUGAAAUCAUUAAAGAAAUACCUGAUUUGUUUCAAGCUUAUAAUAAUCCAAAAAAUUCUCAAAUAAUUUCAGAAGUUGCUGCAGAAUUCUACAAUGUUAUCAGUCAGAUAUAUACUCUGAAUGCAAUACCACCCCAAUAUAUGCAAAUUUAUGCUGAUUCUCUGCUAAAAUUAAUAUCUUUUAUUGAUGACCAAAUUGACAAUUCUUUUAUGACCAUCUAUCAGUCAAUUAUUAAGAUUAUUGACCAAAAUCUGGUUUAUAAUGAAGCAAACCAAGAAAUUAUUGAUUCAUCAGCUUUAUUCGUGGCCCAGAACAUUAAAGAAGGGACAAAAUAUACAAUUGAGAAAUCAGUUGUUCAAAUGAUCCUCGAAGGCUUUGAAAUUCUUCUAAAAAUUGCCCAAAAAAAGAAUUUCUUUUAUUUUCUCGUAGAAAACAAUUACAAAGUCUUUUCUAAGCUCAUAAAUACAUGUAUGUCAUUUGUUUCAUCAGAUUAUUUCUUGGAAACGCUUUUUAAACCUUCUUUGGAACUUUUAAUUAUUUUGACCGAAAUUUCUUUUUCACAUGAAGAAAAUGAAGCGAAUUUCAUGAAAGAAAACAUUAUAAACAUCAUGAAUGACGUAAUACCGAGCCUUACUACGCUUCCAAUCCAAAAAUCAGAAGAUUUAGUUGAUUCUAUCAAGAAAUUUGCCAAAUCUACCAAAAAUUUCAUGGACCAAUACGACCAAAUGAAAAGUGCCCUCGUAGAAUUCGCUAUCGUCCAAGUCCAGAAAUUUUAUAAUAUUUGGGAAACUUAUCGCGACAAUGACGACCCUAAUUUCAACAAAUUUGAGUUGAUUGAUAAUUCAUUUUACUUCAGUUCCAUACAAUUAAUGGGAGUUAUUCAAAAAAUUGUUCCAAAUUUGAUAAUCCAAGAAUUUAUUAGCAGGAUCAUUCCAAAAAUCGAAAAUUGCAAGGAUGAUUUAGAGAUGAUGUCUGUUAAUAGCUUGUGUUUGAUGAAAUUCAUGAAAAAUUCUCCAGAUUCUUCAAUUUAUUCUGAAUAUCGAGAAUUAUUGUUUUAUUUCUUGAAUAGAUACAUUGAAUUAGGUGAGAAUGAAGAAGAGUAUUAUGAUGAUAGCUUUGGCUCAUUAUAUCGAUUUUUGAACGAAUAUUUCCCAGAAUUAUUUAAAUUAAUCCUUAAAAUAGAUCUAAGUAACGAAUUGGCAUCAGAACUCUGCAACAACCUAAUAAAUAUAGCUCAGAGCACAAAUCUAUGCAAAGAAACUGAUUUGCCGAACUGUAUUUUCCUAAUUUACUACAAAUACCCCGAAAUUCUUCAAGAAAACCAGUUCGAACAAGUCUUCAAGUACUGUACAUUCACGUUGGCUCAGAGCUAUAAAGACGCUGACGAUCCAAUGACGUAUCAUUUUUGGAGUUUUUGGAAACUUUGUUUUCAAUGGAUUGAGCGGUUUCACUCGUUUUUCCAGAUAAUUUUCACUACAAAAAAAGGAAAAUUUCCUAUAAUUUGGAAGGUUUUUCACGCUUUUACCUUCUCUUAUAUUUGCGAAUCUGAAGAAUUCUACGAUAAAUAUUACGAAGAAGUUUUGAAUGAUUUCAGGAACAUUUUAUCGAAAUACGAAUUUGUUCUUCGUCUUUUUAAACUGUUCUGUCAGAAAGAAGAACAAAAUACUAAAGUACAAAAGCUUUAUCAUGCAGUUUGUAAAAAUUAA